UCACAAGCUAAAGAGAAAAUAGAAAAAGAGAGGAUUUUUAGUCCAUUUAUUCCCUUAAAGCUGAAAACCUGUGACCCCUUUCAGAUCCCGUUAGCAAUCCGCAAAUAUACGCUCCCAGGACAUUCUUUAUUAUCGACCAGUCCGUCAUCGUUUAUUGACAGUGGCGAGAUUUAUAAGAAUGGUUGUAGCAGCAGGUUCCAAAGCUAAGUUCAAUUGGAGAAGAGCGAAGGACCCUUCUCAUCUUGUGAUUACUGAUGACAGUAAUGGAGAUCUUACGAGAACUAGUAGUAGCCAUUUCUCAUCAAUGGCGGAUGCGUCGGAAAGAGACCCUUCGUGCGUGUCAUGUACCACUUUCAAUAUUUUGGCUCCUAUUUACAAACGACUUGAUCCUCAGAAUCAAUGCCUUAGAGAAAGUGACUUUAGAUCAUUAUGGUUGGCCAGGAACCAAAGGAUUCUGGACUGGUUGCUUUAUGAAUCAUCUUCCAUUAUGUGCCUCCAGGAAUUCUGGGUUGAAAAUGAAGAGCUUGUUAAGAUGUAUGAGGAGAGACUCGGGAAUGCAGGGUACGUUCUUUUAAAGCUUGCUCGGACCAACAAUCGUGGCGAUGGUCUUCUGACUGCCAUAUGCAAGGAAUAUCUUAGAGUUGUGAAUUAUCGAGAGCUGCUUUUCAAUGACUUCGGUGAUCGUGUUGCUCAGUUAAUACAUGUUGAGUCAGUUGCCCCCUUUUCACAGAGCCAAAAGGGUAACUUUCACCAGGAGUUUCUGAUUGUUAAUACACAUUUGUUAUUUCCUCAUGAUUCAAGUUUGUCCGUUGUGAGACUGCGUCAGGUUUACCAAAUAUUGCAACAUGUUGAGCUGUAUCAGAGAGAAAACAAGCUUAAACCCAUGCCUAUUAUACUCUGUGGUGACUGGAAUGGAAGCAAGCGCGGGCAUGUUUACAAGUUCCUUAGGUCACAGGGAUUUAUAUCUUCCUAUGACAUUGCUCAUCAAUAUACUGACAGUGAUGCAGAUGCCCACAAGUGGGUUAGCCACCGAAAUCAUAGGGGAAAUAUCUGCGGUGUUGACUUCAUUUGGCUUUGCAAUCCUAACAAAGCACGAAAACCCUUGAAGACAAGUUGGGCCGAAGCUUUAUUUAGUAUAAUAAAGUACCAAUUAAGAAAGGCUUCAUUGUCAGAAGAUGAUGCAUUUGCCUUUCUGAAAGGUGACAACCGUGAUGAUUUUGUGACAUUCUGCAGUUUCUCUGAUGCACUUCGUCAGGUGAAGUUGAUUGGUGUGCCUCAUGGGUUAUGCUUCCAAGAGUUAAAGGAUCUGUGGGCUGAAGCAGAUGUGGAUGGAAGCGGUAUCCUUGACUUUGAAAAAUUCAAGAGGAUUUGGAAUCGUACGUGGUCUGAUAGCAUGUUGGAACAUCUGGAGGAUGACGAUAGAGAGUCCAAUGAGGAAGCCGUUGGUUUCAAGGUGAAGAAUGCAGUGCUCUUCCCCCACGAAGUAGAGAAAGGACUGUGGCCAGAUGACUAUUCUCUUUCUGAUCAUGCUUGUCUUACAGUUGAUUUUUCACCCACAAGAAUGCGCUGUUCUGGUUUGCAGAGCCGUACCUAGCUUCUUGCGGGUGCGAUUAGGCCUUUUAAUAAAUGUUUGUAUAGCCUCCAAGAAAACGCUCUCCAUGCCGCCCCUGCCUGCAUAUUUUGUGUGGAGUAGGGUUUGUGCAGAAGAUAUAUAUGUAGCCAAUUUUGUCUUAGUUCUUGCCACCUUUUUCAGGCGAUGGGAGAACUGUGUAUAGAACUUUCAUCUCUAAUAGAAAAUGCAUUAACCAACAGGAAUUCUGUAGUUCCUUUGAACUAAUAUCUUAUUCACUGUA